AAGUCGUUUCGAGACAUCUUCUGAGGACACCAAUUUACAAAUUGUGCGCUGCUUCGCCGUCGCGAGCAUCAACAGAAGAACCAUAAUGGCGACCGAACUGGAAGAGCUAAUAGGCUUCCUCACUGCCCCCUCUCCUCCAGUGAAGAAGGCGGCCGUCGAUAUUGUGCGAGGAUUAACAGGGUCUGAGGAUGGCUUGCACUCGCUUUCCAACUAUGCCAACUCCGUGCUUCCUUCGUUGUCUCGGCUUUUGAGUGAUGAUAAGGAAGUUUCAGAACCAGCUGCUGAAGCUCUCGUAAAUCUGUCCCAAAAUGCAGGAUUGGCUGCUAAGAUGGUUGAAAUGGGGAUGAUUAAAAUAGCCAUGGAGUUGUUGUAUAAACCAGGCUCUGGUAUUACUCGACUGCUGGUUAUGCUCCUAGUUAAUCUAACACAGUUGGAUGAUGGUAUUUUGUCUUUGCUUCAGAUUGGAGAUGACAAGAUGCAAGGGCUUUAUGUAAUGAAGCUUGUAAGAUCAUUCUGUAGAUCAAGUGAAACCAGUGAUGACCCGUUUGAUCAUGUUGGUUCCAUACUUAUAAACAUCUCAAAGAAAGAAGAGGGGAGGAAAAUGUUAUUGGAUCCCAAGCGUGGCUUGUUAAAGCAGAUUAUUAGACAGUUUGAUUCAUCUAGUCCGCUGAGAAAAAAAGGGGUUUCUGGAACUAUUAGGAACUGCUGCUUCGAAGCAGAGAAUCAACUACAGAAUUUGCUUUUAAUAUCAGAGUUUCUUUGGCCAGCUCUGCUUCUCCCAGUUGCUGGAAACAAGAUAUAUAGUGAACUAGACACAUCAAAAAUGCCACUUGAGCUUGGAAGUGCACUUUCUAUUGAUCGUGAACCAGUUAAGGAUCCUGAGAUUCGUGUUCAAGCACUGGAGGCUGUUUACUUGAUUGCUCUUCAGGAAGCGGGUCGAAGAGCCUUGUGGUCUGUCAAUGGACCGAGAAUAUUACAAGUGGGGUAUGAAGAUGAGGAAGAUCCAAAAGUAAUGGAAGCAUACGAGCAAAUCGGUUCUUUGCUUGUUCAUGGCAGCAGUGAGACUGAAGAAUCAUCAACAAACACAUCAAAAUAGCAAUUUACUUUGAAUGUUUAUUGGUUUCUGGAUUACCUGUUCAAGAUGUUGCUCUGUAGGUUUUAAAAUGCUAGCGGAUGUGAAGCCAUAGGUUCCUUGUUUUAGCU